AACCAUCAGCUAGCUCAUCGAUCUCUCGCGCGCACUGCCACUUUUCUCUCGAACAAAGCACGCGGCGCGGCUGGGCUGGUGUGCGUUCGCCAUUGCGGUUGGUCUCCGUUAGCCACAGCCAAAGCAAAAGCAGCUAGCUUCUUGAUCGCCCCUCUUCUCUUCUCUUCUCUCCUCUCCUCUCCUCUCCUCUCUCCGCUCGAGAACAAUCACGCUUUAUUGCCACGCACGGGUUCGGUAGAUGCGCAAUGCGAGCGGCAGCUGCUGGUGCUCCCGCGUGGCGUUGCUGCAGCGAGUGCUCGGCUCGCAGGCUGCUUCUCAUGGCUUCGGCCUGCAGCUGCCUGGUGCUGCCACGCCCUGCAUGGAAGGUUACGAAGUGAUGCCUCCUCUCCUCUUCCGUGCCCUCGCGUCCCUCAACUUCCUCCUCCUCCUCGUCUACCUCCUGCUCUUCCUCGUCACCAAGCUCCUCGAGCGCCUGCACACCAGGGCCACCACCAAGGACCGCACAAGUGGUUGGGAUUAUGGCUGCCACCACCGUGCGGAGGCCACUGAGACCGAGGACGUCGCCGCAGCCGGCAUUGUCGGCAGACAGCAAGCGGACAUGAUGUUCUGGUUCGACGAGGCCGUGUUCGAGGACAGCGCCCUGCUGCUUGGCGACGAAGGAAAGGAUCACCUGUACACCACCAUCGCCACUGCACGUUGCUUGCAGGUGGAGGGCACCUUUCCCACGGAGGAAUCUGCCCGCAUCUCACCCCGCAAUCAUGACCACCAUAUCGAUGCUGCUGAGCAGCAGUGGGAGGAGGCCAAUGACAUCGCCGUCGACGUCCCGACGGUCCCUGAACAGCGGAAUGUUCUGGUCGUCACAUCAGCAGAGAAUGUUUCCAUUGAAGCAGGGAAGAAGGAAAGCAGCAGAGAAGAAGACGCUCGUCGCGAUGCCGAUGACGACCAUGAAGAGAACGAUGAGGAGAAGAGCUUUUCUGAAGGCCAUGUCAAGCUGUUCGUGAACAACCGUGCGCUCGCCGACACCAGGAAGCUCCUGAUUGAUGGCGUGGUGGCCGGAGGCGGAGGACUGCAGGAGGACAAGGACAAGGGGGACAGCAGCAGGUUCGGCGCGUCGACGCUGACAAGCGAAUCGACCUCAAAGAGCUCGGUGGAGUGGCAGAGCUCGACGGUGACCAAGGACUCGGAGACGGAGUACCCCUUCUCGUCGUCGUCGCGGCGGAGCUCGGCGCGGUGGGAGUCGUACACGCUCUUCCGUAAGUACGACGAGGCCAUGGUCUACUUCCACCGGGUCGGCGCCCAGAAGCUCACCGAAACAGAGUCCUUCAGGUCCAUCAAGUACCAGCCGAGAUCAGUGUCCGAGCGGAUCGUGCACAAGCUGACGCCCAAGCCGAGCGCCCCGAUCGGACUGCGGGACCCAUACCCGGACCUGGAGCGGGCGUACGUGGCGCAGGUCUGCCUGACGUGGGAGGCCCUGAACUGGAACUACACCAGCUUCCGGCGGCACAACGGCGGCGACGGCAACAUCGCGGCGCGGUGCUGCCCGGCGCGCGUGGCGCAGGAGUUCCAGGUGCUGCUGCACCGGUUCAUCGAGAACGAGCCGUACGAGUACGGCAGGCGGCCCGAGGUGUACGCACGGAUGAAGAACUCGACGCCCAAGCUGCUCCUGGUCCCCGAGUUCAGAGAGGAGGAUGACGAGAAGGAUGACCUGAUAUCGGCAGUUCAGUUCUUGCUCAUACUGGAAGAGUCGAUCAGGACGUUCAUGAAGUUUAUCCGUGCCGACAAGAGGAGCCACUACGAGAUGUUCAGAGAAAUGGUUAAGAGGAGGUCGAGCGCCGUGGAUCAAACUUUGGUCAUCACCCUCAAGAAAGCCAACAAGAAAAAGAAGAGUCGGCUCAAGGACCUGACGCGACCGCGGCGAUGCCUGAAGCGGACGAAGCUGAGGGAGGAGGAGGAGCUGUCGAUCCUGCUGGGCCUGAUCGACCUCAAGGUGGUGGCGAGGGUGUUGCGCAUGCCGGAGCUCACCGAUCAGCAGCUGCACUGGUGCGAGGAGAAGAUGAACAGGGUCGUAGUCGAUCUGGAAGGCAGGAUGCAGAGAGAUCCUUCCCCUCUAUUCUACCCUGCACACUGACUGACAGGGCCCUGUCCUGUAUAAUCUGCUUCUUUUUGCCAUCUUUUUCCCCUUGUUGGUGACAUGUAACCAGAGAUAAAGUUGCAUUGCAUAGACAUGAGAAUACGCAUGGCACUUAGCCUCAUCUAGUACUGCAAAAAAGGAGAGAGACCAGAUAUGAUGUUAUUGUAAAGGCCUAUAUAUACAUAGAUAAAUAAGAGACCUACAUCUUGAAA